AUGAUCAAUGCUUUCAAUGCCUGGUUGGAAGUUCCCUCAGAUAGCCUGCAAGUCAUUGCUGAUGUGAUCGGUAUGCUACAUACGGCAUCCUUGCUGGUUGAUGAUGUGGAAGAUUCGUCACUUUUGCGACGAGGCUUCCCGGUUGCGCAUAAUAUCUUUGGCGUGCCACAGACCAUCAACAGCGCUAAUUACAUGUAUUUCCGCGCACUUGAAAAGGCUCAGACUCUGAAGAGUCCGGAUGCUACACGUAUCAUCGUUUACGAGCUACUGCAACUGCACCGUGGCCAGGGCAUGGACCUCUAUUGGAGAGACUCAUUGGUCUGUCCAACGGAGAGGGAAUACCUGGACAUGGUAGGAAAGAAAACUGGCGGCUUGUUCCGGCUCGCGGUUAAGCUGAUGCAAGCCGAGUCACCAAAGACUGUGCCACAAGGGUGUGUGCCGUUAGCUGAUAAAUUGGGGCUGCUUUUCCAGAUCAGAGAUGAUUAUCAGAAUCUCAACUCCGAAGAGUAUAGUGAUAGCAAGGCAUUCGGCAUGACCCAACCAAUCUGCAACUCCAUCACAUCCUCAGAUUAA